AUCGAUAGUUCCGUCGCAAUUUUGACUCACCAUCGACUUUUACAGCGGCUGACUGACCGACCUCCUGGAAAUUAAAUUGCAAUUGCAAGCGGCACCGAUAAAGGCAUAAGGAUGACUGGCAUAAUGGACUCGGUGGAAAUGCCCAAAUUACCGGAAAACCAGAAGACCUUCGCCGGCAUCCCGGAGGCAGUGUUCCUGGAGGAGAUCGACUCGUUCAUGGCGCAGCCAGAGAACGAGAACUGUGAGAAGGUGCUCCAGCGGCUGGACGAGCAGCAUGGCAAGUAUCGAUUCAUGGCCUACAACCUGGAGGCGCGGCGGCGCAAGCUUAAGUCCCAAAUCCCCGACCUGGAACGCUCCCUGGAGAUGGUUAAUGUGCUGCGUAAGGAGGACGAGGAGCGCGAGACGCAGUUCUUGCUCAGCGACCAGGUGUUCAUCAAGACGUUGGUGCCGCCCACAAAAACAGUCUACCUCUGGCUUGGAGCCAGCGUGAUGCUGGAGUAUCCAUUAGACGAGGCAGAGGAGCUGCUCAAGCAGAAUGUUACAUCGGCGGUGGGCAACCUGAAAUCCGUGGAACACGACCAGGACUUCCUGAGGGAUCAAAUUACAACCACGGAGGUAAACAUGGCGCGGGUGUACAACUGGGGCGUGAAAAAGCGGCAGGCCGCUGCCAAGACCAACGCCACCACCCCCUCGUAAGGACCCGCACCGUAACACCAUCCCAAGAUCAACAUCAAUAGCAGUCACUGCUACGUCUCUCGCGUAUUAUUUAUUUCGACAGUUCACCGAAAGGGCUCGCCAGGCACAAUCGCCUGCCUUAUUCUCGUUCUUCACUGAUAACAAUAAAACCGCCACAAAAUUGACUCCAAAAGCAUUAUCUAAAUAUGAAGUUCGAAAAUCCAACAAAAACAUCUUACUUUUCGCAAGGGAAUAUCUUCAAUAAGCAAUAGACGAAAUAACAGCAUUUAUCUUUAUAAAAAGGUUUUGAUCUUAACUAAUUUCUAAAGCAUAUUAAUAUAGGAUGUUUUAAGCACAACUGCAUUCUUUGUUUUUGUUUUUAACGUGACAUCACAUUUGUAAGCAAAAUAAAAAAAUAUUGCAAGCACUA